AUACUGUGUACCGGAUAUUCUUUCAUUUUAGUUGAGAAAGGACAAUGGGCAUGCUAAUUGUAGCCUCUGGAAAGAGUGUGACAUUAUCCAUCAUAAUUGUGUUUUCUGAUCUUGAAGGAGCUUAGCAUUCCACCAAGAACGUUAAAACUCUUCAGCUCACCACGGUAGGCCUCACAUUCACCCAAACCAGCUGGACUCUACUCAGAGUAGUGCUGCGGGGCACCUUGCCCCCCCACAGAGGUCUGAUGGGUGGUGUGGGGUCCUCAUCAGUGGGGACCUCCAGCGGAGUGGCAGUGAACAGGGGCGCCUCGGCCUCCUGCACUAACUCUGCCAUUUCCAGGAGGCCCUCGUCGGGACGCUUCGAACCCUGGCCCGAGGAGGCCGUAGACAACGCUUACGGCUUGUACUCGCUGCACCGAAUGUUUGACAUAGUGGGAGCCCAGCUUACACACCGUGACGUGCGAGUGCUCUCCUUCCUGUUCGUGGACGUCAUCGACGAGUAUGAGCGCGGAGGCAUCAGGAGCGGCCGGGACUUCUUGCUAGCUCUGGAGCGCCAGGGGCGCUGUGAUGAGACCAACUUCAGACACGUCCUGCAGCUGCUCCGCAUCAUCACACGGCACGACCUGCUGCCCUACGUCACACUUAGGAAGAGACAGACCGUGUGCCCAGACCCAGUGGAUAAGUACCUGGAAGAGACGUCAGUGCGUUAUGUGUCCCCCAGAGGAGGAGAGAGCAGGGAGGCUACACCCCACAGGAGGACAGGCCCCCAACCAGUAAUAUGCUGUUCUCCAUCGGGGCCCCAGGUGGGCCCCCCCCGCACCAAGCCAGGCCCCCCAUUACCGAACCGCAAAAGGAAGAGGGCCCACACCACAGGAGACUGCAGGGAGAAGCAAACCUGUGACAUCCGCCUACGAGUGCGCGCUGAGUACUGCCAGCACGAAUCAGCGCUUCAGGGAAACGUCUUCUCCAACAAGCAGGAGGCUCUGGAGAGGCAGUUUGAGAGGUUCAACCAGGCAAACACUAUUCUCAAGUCCCGGGACCUGGGCUCCAUCAUCUGUGACAUCAAGUUCUCGGAGCUCACAUACCUAGAUGCUUUCUGGCGGGAUUAUAUCAACGGCUCCCUGCUGGAGGCCCUGAAGGGCGUCUUCAUCACAGACUCACUCAAACAGGCAGUGGGCCAUGAGGCCAUCAAACUGCUGGUCAAUGUGGAUGAGGAGGACUAUCAGGCCGGCCGCCGCAAGCUGCUCCGGAACCUGGUCACUGGAGGUGGGGCCGGGGCUGCUGCCACACCCGAAGGGAGCAGAGGGACUCCAUCCUCUUAGAAGCGCAUGUCUGCUUCUUUUAGCAGAGGGGCACCCAUGUCCCAAAUAAGAUAACUUAACGGCGAGGACAGAAGCAAGGAAAGUAUAAAGUACGUUCUGAUUCUUGAAGAAGUAUGAGGAAGAAUGCUGGGUGCCCUGCCCUUUCAUCUAUGAAGGGAAUGUGAAAUUAAAGUGAGCAAGAGUAAGUUGAGUUAGAUGUAUGGAACACAGACAUAAGAUAAGUGUUUUGAAUGUUGAAGGUUUAGUUUUUUUCUGCUGGAAGGACAAUGCUAAUAUUUUAUAUUGUAACUUGUGAAUUGACUAUAAAAUCUGAUUUAACAUUUUCUUUUGGUAUCACACAGCUCUUUGCCAUAAAGUGUUCUUGAAAUGGCCCCUAGUAGACUAUUACUACACAUGGCUAUAAACAAGUCCCUAUUGGGACAUUUAGCAUUUUGUUUACUGCCAGACAGAGACAAAAUCAUUGUAAGCCAGGGACAUGCCAUCAUUAUAAUUAUUUGGUAGUAAAUCAUUGAAAAAUAUUUUUGGUAUGUUGUCCAAUGAACAAUUCUUGUGUGGGUCAUUCUUGAUGAUUUGGUUCAAAAGGAUUGAAAAGAUUAAGUGUACUGAGUGGUUUCAGAUGUGCUUGAAAAUUGCCAUACAAAAUUCAACAACAGAAUGCAGUAAUAAGUAUUAAAAAAACGCCAAGUCAUUUUGAAAUAAUUUUGACCCCAAAUACUGUAUCUACCCUCAUCUCAAAUACAAAUGUCCGUUUUGAAUAUGUGUAUUCACCCAUGGCUCAGACUUCUAUUUCUUGAUUUGCUUGUCAAUAUUAGAAUUUAAUCAGAAAGACGCAUUAAUUAAAGCUGGACUCUUUAGUGGUGAAACUGCCACGUCUGUUUGCAAUAUUACAACAACAAAGACUGUACUUCAAACAACACUGUUUUUUCCCCUCUGACAUCGUCUCACAUCAUUGCAAGCACGAUAGAACAGCAGAGUGGGUACCACAAUGCACCGCCGCUCUGUUUCCAAAACAAAAACAAAAGCACCUGGGGUUUUUAAAACAACUUUAACAAUUGUUUUAUUAUAGUUUUAUUAUAUUUGAGUUACAACCAACAUACAAAGUUCCCCCCUUGUUUUUGCAUUUUAAUUGUAAUUUCAUGUAAAGAGAAGGCUCUACACACUUAGUACUUUCAACCAUUUAUUUGGGGAAGUACACUGGGAGCACCAUUUUGUUUGAUUGAGUUCAUCAAUAUCAUACAUUUUACUACAACGGUAUAAUUAGGUAUAUUGUGUUUCAUUGAAAUGUACAAGACCAGAGAAGUUGGUGAUUAUUUUGGACCACAUUUUCAAUACAUCUUUGUCCACAGUUCAUUAUCCUACAAUCAAUCUGACACAAUGUAGCAUGGUGUAGUGCUAUCCAAGUUAGGAGCCUCUGAUACUUGCUUUAGGAAACAAGACAACUUUAAACAUGUUUUACCGCCUUGGACCAAUCAGUAAGUUUAGUCAAAAUCGGCCCAGUGCUGUCUGAGAUAUCGUGUGUGAUGAACGUACAGGCAGAGUCAGAUCCACAGAUGAUUAACAUUGAUCAGACUGCCAUCUGAUAAAAUAUUUAAUACAGUUGGCUAUACCUUUGACAUAUGAGGGUGUUUUCUAGGCAACAUUUUUUAUAGGUUGUGAGGUUGGCUUUCAUAGAUGCAGCAAGGUUAAGAGCAGUGAUGUGUUGGAAAGUGGUUCACUUCAUACUUGUUUGCAUUGUAAGAAUGUCUUCAGUCUCAUAUACAGAUGUGGUCAAAUAUAUUGGCACCCUUGCUUGAUUCACUAUUUAUUCUAAAAUAAUUUGAAAUUAAAAAAUAUUUUGGAUUUUACAAGUGUAUUUGUUUGAUUUACAACAGCACAUGGGCAUGAAGAACAAAAACAUAUUUUUUCAGAUUUUUCCCUUCAAAGUAAAAAAUGGCCUGGACUAAUUAAUAUAGUCUAAUUUGGUUGGAGGCAUGAUUCUCAUUUACUGCAUAAUUUUACUUACCUGUUGUAAGUUGCAGGUGCCUAUGGGGUAAAAAAAAAUGCCAUUCAAUCAGUUUUGAAAAGAACAAACUGAAGAUUCUACUCCAUUGCGCUCUAUUGUGAAAUGCAAGAGUGCGAAUAUAUUUGACUGCAUCUGUAGUCUACAGCAGUUGUCUGCCUCUAACAGUGUAUAAUGUGUACAUCAGUUACUUUAAACGGUUGUUCAAUAUCUAUACGAUUCCACAUGAAAAUGUAAUAUAGUUCAUCAGAGUCCAGUAUCUGUUAUAUUUGUAUUCCCCCUAAUAUGUUUUAAUUUGUGUUGGUAAAUUAAUGUUAUAGCCGACAAGAUUAGCAUUUUAGCGCUGCUACUUAGUCUUAGAUUUUUCCUGGAUCAAGGAACUUUUAUGGAAGAUUAAAGGAUUUUGCCAACUG